AUGCGCACUUCUUCAGGUAUCACCUUUGUUUUGGCAGCAUGUUGGCUCGUCGUAGUUGCAGUCGUCCCUGGCGGCACGAUCGCGACGAAUACUAAAGAAGUCACAGUUGAGGCAGGUGACACCUUCUGGAUCAUUGCCAGUAGAUAUGGUACAACUCCCGCCGCCAUCGAAGCUGCUAACCCAGGGGUGAACCCAAGCGAUCUGCAAAUAGGCCAAGUCAUUAACGUUCCUAACCAAGCGGCUAUUUCUCAAGGCCUUGAUACAUCCAAUACAACCACCCAAAAUUCUCUCAUUGCCCUAGGCCUUGGGGCAGUUUCCUCAUCAUCCGGCGGCCAGGCCAGCGGUGCUUUGCUUACCUCUGGGCCUGCUAAUACGAUGUCAGAUCCCGAUGCACAGCCGGAGUCUACGACAUCCACAAACCUGGCAGCUUCAGUGUCAGACCCAGAACCGUCGAAAUCUGUACAAAAUACAGCUUCGACCACUUUGAAAUCAGCAUCAGGUCCUAUGACUUCAGACGACUCUGGAGCAACAGCUGCGGCUUCAGUCUCGGUCACCCAGGGGCCGUCGGCUUUUGACACUAGCUCAUUGGACCUAGCAUCUAGCCUCAUUCCUUCUCAUCCCGCAAUCCCGUCUACUCAACAGCCCACUAUACUGUUCACUCCUAUUACGCUAUCUUCUUCCGUUGCCUCUCCUUCUGCUCCAGGCUCUUCUAACGAACCCUUAACUACGGCUCUCGGUGCUGCAGAAUCGCCAUCCUCGCAGAACAUCCCUGAGUCUGCGCCAGCUGCGGGGUCAGCACCUCAAAGUCUGGCAUCAAAUGGGAUACCAGAAACUGGUGGGAUCUCGAUAGCAAAUGGAACACCGGUCUCCAAUACUAACACCUUGCAAGCUUCGGCAACCCAGGUGCCAUCAUCAAAUGAAAUACCAGCAUCUGAUGGGACUUCGAUAUCCAACGGAGCACUUGCUUCAAGUACUGGUUCUUUGAAAGCUACGGCUUUAGCAUCCCAAGUACAGUCUUCAAAUGAAAUCCCCUCCUCCAAUGAGAACUCUUCAAAUAAGACCCCAUCCUCAAACAAAUCCCCAUCAUCAGAUGGGAACUCGGCAUCCAACGGAGCACCGGCUUCAAACGCCGUCUCUUUGCAACCUUCCGCUUUAGCAUCCCAGGUACAGUCUUCACAUGAGACACCCUCACCAAAUGAGAUUUCGGUAUCCAAUGGAACACCGACUUCAAAUUUGAACUCCUUGCAAGCCUCAGCUUCAGUAUCUCAAGCACCAUCAUCUAAUGAGGCCCUCCCAUCAAACGAGACCCCUUCCUCGGAUGAGACCCCAUCACCGAGCGGGACAUCAUCUCCAAACGGUUCGUCAGUAUCGAACAAGGCACCGGCAUCGAGUAACACAGAAGCUUCAACUGGGCCAAACCCGUCAAACAGUCCACCAACAUCGAAUGGCGUAAUACAGUCAAGUAACGCAGAAGCGUCAAAUGCGGUGCCAGCAUCAACGGAGACACCAGCAUCAAACGGCGCACUACAGUCAGGUAACGCAGAAGUGUCAAGUGACAGUACCAGCAUCAGAUAA